GGUUUGCUCACAAUUGACCAUCUCUAUAACAUGAACAGAGAUGACUUCACCACGAUCACGGCAUUCACCAACACGUUUGAAAAGACAGCCGAGAGGGUCCCUGGACUGCCUGAAGAAAUGCAGUGCGUCAUAUUCCUAGAAAAAUUCUCUGGGUAUGAGGCGAUGGAACUAACCCGAGGGGGAGCCGCCGGGAGAAAGACAACCUGGGAAACUAUAAAGAGGAACAUCGCGGCGGGAGACAUGAACCAAGUGUUCCAUCACCAAAUCAAGGUCGAACGAAAGAAAAGAAAGACAGUAGGGACGAUCCAAGGAACGGAUAGUGUACUAGGAGGAGUGUUGAGCAAUAUGGCAAACGAGAUAGAAGAGCUUAGGGAAAGAGUGACACCAUCGAAAGUGUUAACCGUGACACAGCCGUCAGGAAAGAGAAGAAAGGAAAAGGAAGAUGGAGAGGAAGAGGCAGAAGAUGGAGGACCAGAAGGAAUGGACAAACUGACCAAGUAUCAGAGGAAGGCUAAAAAUAACGCUAUCGGAGGACAAGGGUCGGGAAAAGGACAAGUAACUCAACAAGCGAUAGUCCAGUAUGAACAGGAGCCGUCAACAAGCACAGUACAAUAUGGUCAAUGGCCCGUGGGUCCGCCUAUGAGAGCAUGGCCUGGGUACUUCCCAGUAGGGUCAUGGCCUACGCGGGGUCCAUACCCCAUGUUACCCCAGAAUCAGAAUUUGGGAGGAAACCAAAAUACGGGACAACUUCAACUAACACGGCAGAACCAAGCGGGAUCUAGUCGCCAAGGUGGUCAGAACCAGAACAGGUCCCAAAGACAAGGACAAGGACAAGGACGUGAAAGAGGUAGGAAUGGUGGUAGAAAUCAGGGACCAGGGGAACGAGGAGCAGGUAACAGAGGAGGUGGAAACCAAGGUAGGAACUGGGGGCAGUCCCAAGGGGGUGCAAAUCCAGUCGGGCAGGAAUACCAGCAAGGGUGUGGGCGUGGAUACGACCAAAGUUAUGGAAGGGGGUAUGGUAGAGGAAACGGACAAUGGAACGGACAAGGAUAUGGCAGAGGGUGGAUUGAUUACAGUGAAUGUGUCUGUACCCACUGCACGAUCAAAGGGCACACGGGGAAACAGUGUCAUGUUAGAAAGCUAGACGAGCGUGAAGAGCUCAUAACAUCAAACAUGGAAGGAGAGGUGUUCGACCAAAAUGGUAGGGUGAUUGAUCCUGAGAUUCCAGAGGGCACAAGGGAAGAGGCUCUUCGUGUGGCCGCGCUUGGUCCCAACGCACCAGGGAUGUUCCGAAUUUGGCAGGAAAGGGAAGAACCAGUAGUGCAGGUCAAAGAUAUAACUAACUUGGAAGAGAAAGUGAAUAGGAUGGGGAUUGGAGAAGACAAGGGAGACGUGCCGCUGGUGGAAAAAGAAACAGAGGAGGAAGACGUUAGGGCUAAUGUCAGAGACACGUUCGAUAGGAUGGAAAACUUGGUAGACAAAAUGCAGAGGCUACAUCUGAGGUUGCAAGGGAUAUGUGAAGAAGCAGGAAAAGAUGGAGCUGGAUGCCCAAAAGUAUUUACUAUGAGGCGCGGGGGAUCGGGAGAUGGGCCAAAUGAACCCAACCCGAGAAUGUUGAGAGCCAAUAUGGCCGCAAGGAACAGUGGAAGUCAGAGAAGUAUAAGAGGAACGAUUUCAUUCGCUACAAGAAGACCCGCAGGAGGGAAUCCUCAAAAGGAACAAGCUCAGGCUUCCCAACCAGUAGAAGAAGAACCACCUAUCACGGUAGAGGGUGAUGAAGAUGAGGAUGAGAAGAUUGGGGAGGAAGAAGAAAGGCAGGCGGAGAUAAGGGCUAAGAGAAAGAAAGGCGAAGCUAAGGAAGGAAGAUCGAAAGGGGAUACGGGACCAAGCAAGAAGAGAAAAUACCAAACCUCGAUCGAAGAAGGAGUGGAUCUGGAAGGCCUGGCCAGACAAGAUCAAACAAGAAAAGAAAGACUGCAAGAGAAGGGGCUAUGGAUUGGAAGAGAGGUGGCUGAGCCACAAGGGAAGGAGGUAGAAGAUGAAGAAGAAGAUGAUGUGCCUCUGAAGAGAUUGAAGAACAAGACGAGGGUCUCCCCAAGAGCAGCAGCAAGGGAUCUGAGCAGACUGAGGGGGAUGAGGAGGAAGAGCAAGAGGCAGCAAAAGGGAGGAAAAGAAGCAUGGGGGCAAGUAUGGUACCGAGAAAGAAGAAACUUGGAAAGAAAAGGGCAAUUGAGAGUGGAAGGGAAGAGGUAUAAGAAAGGAGGAGUGAAAAAAGGGGAGGAGUGAAGGAAGCUGGAGAAGGGAAGAAGAUCCAGGAAGGAGGUAAGGCUCCCAAGGUCAAGAGGACUGAGGAAAAGGGACCAAUUGGAGACAGAGAAAGGGAAGAGGCAAGUGAGAUACGAAGGAAGGAAGAUGAGAGGGAUGCCCAGGUGAAAAAGUUGAUAAGAGAUAUGGAAGAGAUGAGGGAGGAAAUGAAAGGGUUGAAGAAAGGGAAGGAGGAAUUACAGAAAGAAGUGAGCCAAUUGAGGGUCACCCUGACUAUGAGCGAUAGAAAAUUGGAGAAUGAAGCGGCCACGAUAGG